AUGUCGUCGCAGCCUUCACCUAUGCUGCCGCGGCUUCCUAGUGAGCCGCCAGAGACCCGGGAACCCCCCAGGCUUAGCGGUGCGCUAUCUUCGCCCUCGCUGGCCCCCUCGGCCACUGCGAAAAGGCGCUACUCCAAAGUCUGGCAAUACACACCUGUUGCCGCCCAUGAGGUAACACUCAAUGGUAAAGGAAAGUCAAUAUGGCGCUGCAAGUAUUGCAAGAAGGAGUAUCUCGAGUCAGGCGGAACAACUAUUAUAGCAGGACACCUGAGAGACCAGCAUAACAUCGACAUAUCUUCUACUCAAGAAGCUCGAACUGCAUUGAUGCAAGCCACCAUCAUCGACGCCUUCGAGAAAGCUCAGCAGACGACAACAUUUAAACGCCGCUGCCUCUCCCUGACUACAAGCCACGAUCUAGACCCCGCCGUAAUUGAACAAUUAUACGUCCAGUGGAUCACAACCUGUAGCGUCUCGUUUCGCAUGGUCGGCCAAGCAGAAUUCAGGGCCCUUCUUUGCUACCUGAAUCCAGAGGUUGACACCUGGUUGCCGAAUUCCCCUUCCACCAUACGCACUUGGAUUUUACGGACGUACGAGACUCAGAAACUCCGAAUCAAAUCGGAGGUCCAGUCGGCUCUGUCGAAAAUAGACUUUACGGUGGACCUCUGGACUUCCCCCAACUCCCUUGCGAUUCUUGGCAUCGUUGCGCACUACAUAUCCGAAUCUGGCCAACUAGAGCACGCUGUUUUGGCUUUGCGAGAGCUCGAUGGCAAGCACUCGGGCGUCAACAUGGCAGAUUGCGUCAUGGAUGUUAUCAGUGACUACGGUAUUGCCUCAGAGAUAGGCUAUUUCGUGAUGGAUAAUGCGGACAACAAUAGCACAAUGAUGAGAUCCCUUUCUACGUUGCUGCUUGACCAGUACCAAACAAGCUAUGACGCCGAGCACCACCGCCUUCGUUGCAAUGGCCAUAUCAUUAAUCUAGCUGCUCAGUCCUUCCUUUUUGGUGCGAACGAGGAACCGCCCGGAGACGAGGACGACAUCUUUAGCCUGCCAACACCCACGGAGCUCGAGACGGAACAUUGGCGACGCAGAGGAGCCCUCGGAAAACUUCAUAAUAUUGUGGUCUAUAUUCAACGAAGUCCGCAGCGCUUGGCUCAGUUUAGAGAACUCAGCGGGGGCCGUAACCUGGUGCGCGAUAACUCUACGCGCUGGAACUCCUGGUAUGCGAUGAUUCGUACGGCAAUAAAGCUCAAGACAGCCACCAACCUCUUCUGCCACCAAUAUCAGGAGGACAGCGACGACCUACUUUUAGAAAGAGAUUGGCAGGAUUUACAGAAGCUCAAUGGCUUCCUGUUGUACUUUUAUGAUGCUACAACAAGUACGGAAGGCCGUAACGCAGCCAUUGACCGGGUAUUACCGACGAUGGACUUCGUUCUGGAACAGUUCGAGACAGCGAAGGAGACGUACGCCAAUGACUCGUUUAUGAGCCGUUGCUGUAACUUUGGCUGGGCCAAGCUGGAUAAAUAUUACAGCUUGACGGAUAGAUCGCCGGUCUACAUUGCGGCGCUAGUACUCUCCCCGCAGUGGAAAUGGGAUUAUAUCGACAACAACUGGCCUGCAGACUGGCGAGGACCUUGUCGGCAGCAAAUGCAGGAUUUCUGGGUGACGGAGUAUAAAUCUACUGCCAUUACGGUACCAACUCAGGCAUCGGAGACGACUAGCGAGGUCAAGAACUCCUUUCAUCAGUGGGCGCAGCGAAAGAAAGGGAACAGCCUUGAUCAGGACGAGUACACAAAGUACCUUCUUGCUCCUAUAGUACCGGAAGUCACAGAUCCACGAUCCUGGUGGCUUGAACCGACGCAGAGGAAGUCCUACCCAGCCUUAUCUGCUAUGGCAUUGGACGUAUUGUCUAUUCCAGCAAUGUCGGCGGAGCCACAACGCCUGUUUUCAGGCACGAAAAUCACCAUGACAGACCGUAGGAGCCGUUUGGGUAUUGAGAGCAUCGAAGCGACCGAAUGCCUCAAGUCGUGGCUCGGCAAAGGCCGCAGAGUAGCUUUUGCGGAUGAUAACCUUGAUGUUAGCUAA